AAAUAAAUUGGAAGGCUCAUAAUCAAGAUGCCUUCACCACUAUUUUAGAGUCAAACAAUCUUUCUGAUGCGUUUAGUUUGUGUUUUAAUUCCGGUAAUAAAGGCGGUGGACGUAUGUUUCUUGGUGGUGGUUAUAUGGAAGGGAUGAACUUAACAAAAGUGUCUCAUAAAGGCUGGUAUACCAUCGGAAUUAAAAAAUUAAAACUAGGAAAUCAUACUAUAAAAGCUUCUUCUCCAGAAGCAAUAGUCGAUUCAGGCUCGACCCUUUUUAUAGUCGAUGUGCAUGUUUUGCGCCAAAUAACACACAUUUUGUGCCCAAUUGUGCUCCCUAAUGAGCCUUUACUCGACUGUCACGAGAAGCUGAUUGGUAAAAAAAGCCUUCCGAUUGGUCAGGACGUUAUUAAUCGGUGUCCGAUACUGAGAGUUUUAGUACCCGACUAUCUCGAGCCGUUUACUAAUUUUGAACUCUCUUUUAAACCGAGUGAUUAUUGGCUGGGGGAUGGAAAAAAUUAUUUACUAGGAAUUUCAGGCGGAAAUUCAAUGAUUCUUGGGGGGACCGUUUUAAGGCUACUAUUGAAGCGCCCUACUCCAAAGUCGGUGUUGCAGGACUAUGGCUUUACUAACUACAGAAACCAACAGAAGAGUCAUUAA